CCCGUAUAAACCGCCAUUACCUCAUUCUUACUCUGCGCCUCGUGACUUCAACUCCAUGGACUCGUACGGCGGCUCCGCGCCUUCUGGCCAAUCGUUCAACCCUCUCUCAUUCAUUCGACAGCCGCAAGUUAUCCUCCGGGUCGUCGGAAUCCUCUGUGCCAUCAUUGUCUUUGCUUGCAUUGCCGAUAAGGUCGUUGUCCAUGGUGAAUGCGCUUACUACUACGAUGACAACGCGUGCAAUUAUGGCAUUGCCAUUGGUGUCAUCUCAUUCACCGCUUCUAUUGCCUUUCUCAUCAUGGAUUUUCUGUUUGCGCGGCUGUCCAAUGCGCAGAUGCGGAAGUACAUGGUGCUGGCGGAUUUAGUCUUUUCUGUCGUCUGGUCAUUCAUGUGGUUUGUCGGAUUUUGCUACUUGACCGACCGCUGGAGGAAGACGCUUGAUAAGUACUCCGUGCCUAGCGAUAUAAAGAACAAUGCUCAGGCAGCCAUUGCCUUUUCUUUCUUUUCUAUUGUUGUAUGGGUUGCUCUGGCUGUUCUCGCAUUUUUUCGUUACCGCAAGGGACCCGGAAGUUCCUUCGCUGAGGAUACAGAAGGAACAGGAACGGCUGCUGAUCCCGGCUAUUCAUCGUUCCCCGGUCAGCCUGACUUAUCCGAGUCGUACCAGCAACCACCAUUCACAGAGAAAUCGGAGCCUCCACAGUAUCAACCACCGACGUAUUAGGAGGGACAAUUAGGAACGGUGGUGAUGGGGAUUGUAUUGGGUAUGCAUUGUGUACGCAUUGAUUAUUAGCUCUCGCUAUUUCAGCUGGAUUUGCGGCAUUGGCUGAUGGGAUUGUCAUCGCGGUGUACUCGUCUGUUGUGUAACUGUGCAUUUAGUUUUCAUUUGCUUGAUUAACUUUGCGAUUUAGUAUGCAUGUAGUGCCGUACGUAGUGAUUAAUACACUGUGAAUAACGAUCAACA